AUGAGUAAAUUUGUAGUUUUGAUAUUUUAUGGUCUAUUAGUAGGCCUAUUUUGCAAUGCCGCAAAUUGUGAAGAAGUUCAGGAAUUGGAAAAUAUUCAAGGUGAAAAUGUUGCUGCUGAUACUGAUGUGUUGACAAACAGCCAUGCGGAUUUGCCAAUUUUAGAACCACAAGUUCGCCAUAGACGUCAAGUGUUCGUUGGUAUCUAUCCACCCCCGGUACCUUAUUAUGGUGUAGGAGGCAUCUAUGGAGGUGGUUUUUACGGAGGCGGUGGUGGAGGUUUUUACCGACGCGGAUUUUAUGGUCGUCGUAGUUUCCGUCGUUUCGGUGGACGUCGUCGUUUUUAUGGUUAA